ACGUAAUUUAGACGUCAUUUCUGUAAAAUGUCAUUACAACCACUGGCACUUCGGAGUGGGUAUAAAGUACUGGUUCCUAUGUGUGUUAUCUUAGUGAUACAGUAUUUCUUCUUCUUCGGUUCAUUUUCAGAAUAAUCGAAUAAGCAUUUUCUAAUGGGCAGUAGUAAUAUAUUUGACACAUUUUGUAGAUCAGCCCCUAGCAAUGAACUGAAGAUUUUGGGAACGCGUUUUCUCCAACUGACAGAAAAUCAUACAUCCGAUUACAAUGCAAAUGAGGAAGAUUCCUGCUGUCUGAGUUCGGAACAGCUUCACACCUUUUUCGUUUUCAUGGCUCACCAAAACACCGGCAUGAGCAUGAACAGUAAACCGAAGGACAAAAAGGAAAACCUGUUCACUGCAGCUCCAACGUCUCCAAACCCUGACGCGGAAUCGGUUACAAAAGCGUGUGGUUUCGUCAAAGAAUUCACCGAUUCCAUGGGCAGCUACGUGGAGGAACUAUUUAACCAGGCACAAGAUCCGAAUUACGUGCAGGUUUUGGACAGCGCCGCGCCCUCCGUGCGUACUGCUGGAAAUCAUCUUGGCGCACCUGCGUUUGCGCCUAGUACAGGAGGUGAGAGUACAAUAUGGAAAAACUUUGGCGUUACCGAAUGCCCAGUAGAAGCCGAGGACCUUUAUGAAAACAUGGAAAGCUCCACCAGCACAGAUUGCACAUUCUGGCCAGAGACGGCGUUUUCUGGUAAAGCAACUCCGUGUAAGGAACCCAUGUCUCGUCCUGCUUCAGAGAUAAUACCCCCGAAAGAAAGUUUAAAGAAAGCAUCACCUGGAGUCAACCAGUUUUUUAAAGACGAGCACCGACAGACGCUGAUGAAGGCGCCUCAACUGCCGGAACUUGAUCUCUACACAGUGAAUAUUUUGCCGGGGAGUCAAUCUUUCGCGACCGCAAGAACCCAGCAGUUAGAAGUCGCCGGAGACCACGAGUCCUCUCACUCGAUCUCUUCGACCAGUUCACACGGGUGUUUUGACAGGGCUCGCUGCUUGCCCGAAGCAAAUCUGGAUGCACCUGUAGCUCACAUCCCUAGAAUAAAGUCUGACCCUUGCAGCUCGGACUCUCUCAGUGGUGAUGGAGUCCUGGGGUUUCUGGAUUACGCACAAGGAUCACCUCAGCAUCUAGUCAUGUAUAAGAGCGAACUCUCCAUUCCGGUUAGGUCUUCAGAGUCACAGCUGUGGUACCAGUCUCCUGGUUUUCACGACCACCAGCAGCAAAUUGCGUAUCCUAGUCCCAGCGGCAUCCAGAGCGCCCGCGUGAUUCACGGUUAUCCGAAUACAUACAGCUCAUACCUAGGGGUGUUGCCCCAGAAGUUAUGCAUGAUCUGUGGGGAUGAGGCAUCUGGAUGUCACUAUGGUGUUCUCACCUGUGGAAGCUGUAAGGUGUUUUUUAAGAGAGCUGUAGAGGGUCGUCAUAACUACCUAUGUGCUGGGCGAAAUGAUUGUAUUAUUGAUAAAAUCCGAAGAAAAAACUGCCCUGCCUGUCGCCUGCGAAAAUGUUACCAGGCUGGCAUGAUGCUUGGAGGUCGGAAGUUUAAAAAGUUUGGAAGUCUGAAACCUGUGGGUGUGCGACAGCCUCUGGUCCUACGCUCCCUGCAGCCUUUAGUGACUGAAAGACAGGACGUGGCCUCUCUGCUAUGUGUGCCCCCAAUUCGCGAGCUUGAAUUGACUCCACAGAUCUCCAGCAUACUCGAGGCAAUCGAGCCUGAGGUCAUUUAUGCUGGUUAUGACAACUCCCAGCCUGAUACGCCCAAUGUGAUGCUGAGUAUCCUGAACCGUCUCUGUGAAAGACAGCUGCUGUGUAUUGUAAAGUGGUCAAAGUCUAUUCCAGGAUUCCGCGAUUUACACAUUGAUGACCAAAUGACUCUUAUUCAGUACUCCUGGAUGAGCCUGAUGGUGUUUGCAAUGGGGUGGAGAUCAUACAAAAACGCCACUGGCAAGACACUUUACUUCGCACCAGAUCUCAUACUCAAUGAGGAGAGAAUGAAAAGGUCUCCCAUCUAUGACCUGUGUUUAGCAAUGCAACACAUCCCACAAGAAUUUGAAAAUCUCCAAGUGACGAAGGAGGAGUUUCUGUGCAUGAAGACCUUACUGCUACUCAAUACCAUACCACUUGAAGGCCUAAAAAGCCAAGGACAGUUUGAAGAGAUGAGACAGAACUACAUACGAGAGCUCACCAAAGCCAUACACCAGAAGGAGAAGGGGGUGGUGGCCAGUUCUCAGCGCUUUUACCGCCUCACUAAACUGCUAGAUGCCAUGCAUGAUAUUGUGAAGAAGCUGAAUCUCUUCUGCCUGAGCACUUUUAUCCAGGCUCAUGCUCUGAGUGUGGAGUUCCCAGAGAUGAUGUCUGAGGUGAUUGCCUCACAGCUGCCCAAGAUCUUGGCUGGCAUGGUGAAGCCACUCCUCUUCCACCGAAAGUGAUCCAAACAUUAAGUGAAGAAAUAUAAUAUUCUAGAAUCCUGAUUGGUGUGGAUUUUGAAAUACUGUAUCUUCCUGGGAGAUAACUGAAAUAUUUUCCUGGGAGGAUGUACAGUAUUGUAACGAAAUAAUUAUGACAUAUACAAAAUACUAUAGGUAUAGGAUUUAUUGAUUAAGUUUUUUUUUCUAUCUGUUGCUUUGGCUGUUCACUGUGCCAUCACAGCAUGCAUGAGCCAGUUUUGUCUGUCAACAGCCAAUUAGCUCCAAUAUCGCUUUGCUUAUGUGUGUGUUGUGUGUUUGUUCAAAUGAAUUUUGAAACUAAUGAUGAUUCCUCUUGACGACUGUUAUUGUAUUGAGCUAAAGAUUAAUUCUAGUAACUUUCCUAUACUGCUGUUUUAUUUGUUUUCAGAGUAAUUACCAUUGGCAUACAAUAUUCUGUAUUAGAUACAGGAUUUGUUGUGGUAUUGAUUUUUAUAAAGAACUAGUGAAUCAAUGGAUCAUAGCCUGAGUCCAUGUGCUUAUCUUGAACUUUCAAUUCAACAACUUAGCCAGUCAUCAAGCAGGGCUAAUGAAUAAAGCAUCACUUCUGGGUUUUCUGUCAAAAGGGUUAUAACUACUAAGUCAUGAAUGGCAGUUGUGGGUCAAAACAGAUUCAUUUGAUCUAUUUUAUCCUUAAUCCCUGCAUAUCUGUUUCUUUUCCAAAUAAGAGCAAGAACGAGUCCUCGUUCAGUUGUGUAAUUUUUGGCAUUCACGUCACUACUGCAGACACUAGUUUCUGAUAAGAUUUGGAGGUCCUUGAUAACUUUAGAAAGUAAAAUACAAGUUUAACUGGAGAUUUCUUUGAUGUUACAUCAACGGCCCUGAGAAAAUUUCUCUAAGAAUAUUUCUCUUUCCUGCACUUGAUUUGCUGGAAAUUCUUGCUCAAAAUACACACUUGGUUUUCUAUUAUUCUUAGCUUUAUGUUUCCCAGUCUCAUUGCAGCAUAUUUUUCACCUUUUCUUAGGUAAAAUUAAACAUGGUAAAAAAAUUAAUACAACAGUUAGCACUUUAUCAUAUACUCAUACAAGCAUUUAAUGAUGCAAAAACCCUUUAAGUUAAUAUGGCAGCCCUGUUUUCAAGAUAAAUGAAGCUUACUCCUUAAAGUAGCUUAUGGCGUACUUGCUAUUUUUUUAUCCAGAUCAAAAUGAAUAGAAAACUUAAAGUACAUCUAUGUUUAGUAAAAAAGUAAACUUUUAGAAGAUAAAAAGUGCACAGUAAUUAACAAAAAGACCCUAUGUGUAUAUAAUAACUUUACCUUUUUAUGAUUCUCACAUGGUACUAACCUUUUGAAAGUUAACGCACUGAAAAUUUUUCAGUCAAUUUUCUUAAGGUUUGUAUAGCAUUUUGGUGCGUCUACAAUGGUGUAUUAAUUGCUAUAAUGCACUUAACCAAUAUCAAAUCUGUAUACCAUUUUAAGACACAACUAGUAAUGUAUUGGUAUCAACACUUUAAUUGUUAAGGUCAAGGGCUAAUCAAGGUCAUUCUGUUUAUUUAAAGUUAGCCUGGGUUGUUUUAGAAGGAGCAAUGUUGUUAAAAUACACUAAUUGCUCAAAAUGUUUUGUCUUGAAAGGUCCAUAAAACAUUGUACCGUUUGGUAGUAAUUGUGAUAAAGGAAUGGCACAUAAAAGCACUCCAUUAUUUAUUCAACAAUGAAAGCUGUUUUUGGUGCAUACUGUAUGUGUAAAUGUGAAGUGUAUUUGACUGUUGUAGACACAUGAAGAAUAACUGUAUUUGGCUAAAGUUUUGCUGCAUUAUUAUUUAUUUUGUACAAUGUAUUUAAAUAUGGGACUAUUGGAGGUUUCAUGGGCAAUUAUGCUGGUUCCAAUUUCCUUUAGUACUCCUAAACUCAUCAUGCAGGGCUUUAACCUGGUACAUCUCCUUUAAAUAAUCAGUUUAAGAAUUGAAUGCAUACAUUUGGCUCCUAAAAUAACUUUAACUUAUAACUGAAUAAUACUACUCACAUUACCUCCUUAGGAGUCGUACCAUAAACAAAACGUAUCACUCAGACUAUCUCACACAGUUAACUGGAUAACGUACAUGUGUCUAAAGUGACUACAACAUUAUUUAAAAUUUGGUAUUGGUGUAAAAUACAGUUCAAAGCACAAUACUACAGUACCUAUUAAGACUCUUAUUUAAAAGGACUAUUUUUUUAUCCACAACAGAAUAUUGUAUCUUAAAAUUAGGCUGAAAUAUUUUGCAUUAAGAGCUGGGAAAAUAGCUUUACUAGACAGUAUGUUUUCUUGUUGUUUACUCGUUAAGAUAUAAGUUUGAGAGCACUUCUCUUUAAUUUUCUUUAGUUCUAAAACCAGUAACAAGGAAGUUGGCACUUCUAGAUGGACAACACACAACAACUACUCUGUCUUGAAAAAAAAAAGCUUUAAUGUUUCCAAUUUUGCUACACCCUUUUAAAACCUUUCCGGUUAAAAAUUAAUAAAUGGAUUUCCUGA